GGAGCAAGAGCGAGCAGAGAGAGAGAGCGAGAGAGGGGGGGGGAGAGAGCAAAGAGAGAAAGAGAGAGAGACAGAGAGAGCGAGCGCAGAGAAAGAGAGGGGCACAGUUUGCUCCUGCAGCGCUGCAAGGACAGACUCCACUGACAGAGGAGGGGACACACACACAGCCCAGCCUGAAGAGAGACAUGUCUACAUAACAGGACCAUCAGCACACUAAUCAUUUCUGGACACUGACAGCAACACAGAACACAAAUAGAUGCCAAGGACUAGCACCUCAAAACAACCUCACCCUCACAGAGAGGGAGGUCACAGUUUGAAGGUGGAACAGUUUGAAGACGAACACGGUAAAGGUGAGGGAAGACAUUUGUUCUGGAAGAGACCAACUAAAACAGGAGUAAUCAACAGUAUCAUCUCCUCUCUGCGAUCUAGCUCUUGGAAGUGAAAAGGAGAGACUUUACAGUACAGGGCACUGGGCUGUGCUGCUCUGCCUUCAACACUCAUACCCUUCUGUGCUGCUACUGCUGUUCCUGCUGUUCCAAACCAGGCUACAUCAGACAGAGGUACGCUGAACUGAGCAGCUCUGCUCUACACUCUAGCUAGCUGUACUGCACUGACUAACGGAUUGACUGACUGACCAUGAGUGAGUCGAAGAAGGGUGAUCUGGCUAUCCGGGAUAAAGCCAUCCUGGGCCAGCAGAGGCGUCUGAAGCAGGCCACCCAGUUCACACACAAAGACUCAGCCGACCUGCUGCCCCUGGAUGGGCUCAAGAGACUGGGCACCUCCAAAGAUCUGCAGCCCCACAGCAUCGUGCAGCGCCGCCUCAUGGCGGGAAACAUCACACAGCUGCGUGGCGAGGCCCGCGUGGGGAGACCCUCGCCCCUAGUCGACAGCAAGGAGGGGGGCGCCGGCGACGCAGAGGAGAAGAGCGAGAGCACGGCUGACGACUCCACGGAGGAGAGCGAGAGGAGCCUAGAGACGAGGUCGGACGAGGAGGAGGACAGCAGCGAGGCCGGGGGGAAGACAAGCAGCACAGCGGGCAGCGAUAAAACAGAGGAGAGGAGGAAGGAGAGGCCUCUCACUACCCUGCUGGUCCAGUGCAAGUGCUGUGACACUGAGGUGAAGGCUUCCAUCAACACCGGGAGUCAACACAACCGCAUCUCCAGCUCCUGCUGCAGGAGGCUUGGAUUGGUUCCCACCCAGGAAGGUCCACCCUGUGAGCAGACAGAGGGCCAGGGCUCGGUGAGGGGCCUGCAGCUGCAGCUGGGCAGACAGAGUGUCCAGUGCUCUGCCCACGUCACCGAGGAUGAGGUGUUUGAGCUGUGCCUGGGUCUUCAGACUCUGCAGGAACUCAAAUGCUGUGUGGACCUGAGCAGUAGAGUCCUAAAGCUCCAGGGCUCAGGGGAGGAGCUGCCUUUCAUGGAGCCGCCAUUGGUCAGCCAGUGCCAUCAGCAAGACAGCAAUGAGAACCUGUGACGCUGGCGUGUCACAACCUCCCAGCCGUCCCACGCCCUCCUCUGAUUGGCUGGCGCUGAAAAAACAUAAUGCGGUCCGGGUCGGGACUGUCCAAUCAGUGUCUCGCACUGCCAGGAACAUGGUUGACCACCCCAAUUCUCUUCAGUUUACACCAUUGUGUUUGUUUCUGUGGAAUUAAGACAUUACCAUGAUGUUACCCCUGUAUUGAAUUAGACUAGUUUAUGGAGCAGAUGGAGCUCAAGGUUUGGGACGAUUCUAUGUAACAAUCUUCAUAAUUAUGUACUUAAUCAAGGUGUUUUUUAUCUGCCAGACAGUGCAUCAUUGUUCAAUGCACUCAUGGAAAAAAGGAAUCCAAAAGGGUUCUUUGACUGUCCCCUUAGGAGAACUCUUUCUGGUUCCAGGUGGAACUAUUUUGGGUUCCAUGUAGAAUCCUCUUUGUAAAGAGUUCUACAUUGAUCUCAAAAAAAAAAAAAAAAAAUGGAACCAAAAGGGUUCUACCUGGAACCAAAAAGGGUUCUUCAAAAAGUGAUCCUAUGGGAACAGCCGAACAACCCCUUUAGGUUCUAGAUAGCACCUUUUUCCCCCCUAAGAGUGUACUGAAACAUACGGAGGAGUCAGACGAUGAUUAUCAUUUGAAAUGAACAUAUUGUGAUUUGGAGGUAUAAAAUCAUUUACAUUGAUCAUCAAUUAAAUGCCCAAACUGUUUAAAAUCAAAAACAGUUCAGCCUAGAGGAAAAAAUGAUAUCUCCCUCACAUCCCUUUACAGAGAGAUAGUCUUCUAGAUGUCCUCUCAAACGUGCUCAAGAGAAAGUGAGAAAAAAAAAACAGGUCUUAUGAAACCUUUGAAACUGCCUGUUAAAAAAUCUAAUUGAGAGUCAGGACAGACAGGGAAUUCUGGAAGAGAUGUGAGGAGACUACUGCUACUCCUGAACUAACUGCCUUCAGCCAAGUGAAGACUCUCUCUCUCUCUCAUUUAUUUUCCCAAAUGAAGAGUGCUCCUAAGAAUGUCACGAUGACCCACAUCAAAACUAGUUCUCAAUAAUUCCACUUAAAAUGUUAAGAGUCCUGGAGCUAGUUGUGUGUGUCAGACGGACAGCACAGCAAAAAGAUCCAAACAUUCCAUAGUUCCGCAUGAUUUUUUGUAGAAGUCUGCUUUUGUAUACGUCUGGAUGUUAGUGUUCCUGUGAGAGUGUGUCAGUGUGUGUGACUUGGAGAUGUGCGAGUGUGUGUACGUACUGGUAGAUGUGCACUUUGUGUGUGUGUGUGUGUAUGUGUUGGAUGCAUGUCAAUCGAGGGGCUUUUCUGUUUUGAUAUGGUUAGUGGCUAGUGUUUCACAUGGGAAAGAAAAAGGGAUGAGUUCUAUUUACUUCUCCUCCUACUCCUCCCAGCUGCUCCUACUCCUCCUCCCAGCUCCUCCUACUUCUCCUACUCCUCCUCCCAGCUCCUCCUACUUCUCCUCCCAUCUCCUACUACUCCUCCCAGCUCCUCCUCCUCCUACUUCGCCUCCCAUCUCCUACUACUCCUCCCAGCUCCUCCUACUCCUCCCAGCUCCAGUCAGAGGGAGCUGCCAAAACGGAGCUGACCCCAGCUGCCUUCCUUCCCUCGUCUUCUUCAGGGGACAUUAAUCAAGGCCCUCAUAGAUGUUUGUUUAAGCAUAUUCUCUCUCUCUCUCCCUUAAUUUUUUAUGUUCAGGAAACAAAUCUGCUUAGUACAUUUUACCUCUUCUCAUUUGGUACGUUAUUCACUUUGACAAGCCUUGCUUGCUGAUUUGGUAUUUUACUAGGACCGGUGCAGCAGCACAGAAUCAUCAUCAGGACCCUGCUUGUUGCCUGACUGACAGUUUCAAAACAAGUCACAUUUUCUUAGUCACAUGCCCCGAAUACAACAG